CCUUCGACACAGACGAAUGGUACAAACAAGUACAGAAGAAGCCACUACAAGUGCUACCAAGGAGCAGACAAGUGCGACUUCCAGUACAGGAGCUUCCACCGAAAUCUCCAUCCAGCAAGUUUCCAGCCAAGCCUCCACUGGCCUCGCAACCACCGACCUGACAACACAGGCAACUUCAGAGGCGCCAAGAACAGUGCUGACCACAGAAAGCCUGACUACACAGACAAGCAGCGACUUGCCGACAUCUGCUGAGACUUCGUUGGAGCCUUCAACAGCAACCCAGGCAUUGAGUAGCUUGCAAACGACAGACCUGGUCUCUACCGACGUUCCAACUGCCAGCACCGAAGACGUCACUACAAGUGCUACCACGGUUGAGAUUACAACAGAGGAGCUGACAAGUGCGACUUCCAGUACAGGAGCUUCCACCCAAAUCUCCACCCAGCAAGUUUCCAGCCAAGCCUCCACUGGCCUCGCAACCACCGACCUGACAACACAGGCAACUUCAGAGGCGCCAAGAACAGUGCUGACCACAGAAAGCCUGACUACACAGACAAGCAGCGACUUGCCGACAUCUGCUGAGACUUCGUUGGAGCCUUCAACAGCAACCCAGGCAUUGAGUAGCUUGCAAACGACAGACCUGGUCUCUACCGACGUUCCAACUGCCAGCACCGAAGACGUCACUACAAGUGCUACCACGGUUGAGAUUACAACAGAGGAGCUGACAAGUGCGACUUCCAGUACAGGAGCUUCCACCCAAAUCUCCACCCAGCAAGUUUCCAGCCAAGCCUCCACUGGCCUCGCAACCACCGACCUGACAACACAGGCAACUUCAGAGGCGCCAAGAACAGUGCUGACCACAGAAAGCCUGACUACACAGACAAGCAGCGACUUGCCGACAUCUGCUGAGACUUCGUUGGAGCCUUCAACAGCAACCCAGGCAUUGAGUAGCUUGCAAACGACAGACCUGGUCUCUACCGACGUUCCAACUGCCAGCACCGAAGACGUCACUACAAGUGCUACCACGGUUGAGAUUACAACAGAGGAGCUGACAAGUGCGACUUCCAGUACAGGAGCUUCCACCCAAAUCUCCACCCAGCAAGUUUCCAGCCAAGCCUCCACUGGCCUCGCAACCACCGACCUGACAACACAGGCAACUUCAGAGGCGCCAAGAACAGUGCUGACCACAGAAAGCCUGACUACACAGACAAGCAGCGACUUGCCGACAUCUGCUGAGACUUCGUUGGAGCCUUCAACAGCAACCCAGGCAUUGAGUAGCUUGCAAACGACAGACCUGGUCUCUACCGACGUUCCAACUGCCAGCACCGAAGACGUCACUACAAGUGCUACCACGGUUGAGAUUACAACAGAGGAGCUGACAAGUGCGACUUCCAGUACAGGAGCUUCCACCCAAAUCUCCACCCAGCAAGUUUCCAGCCAAGCCUCCACUGGCCUCGCAACCACCGACCUGACAACACAGGCAACUUCAGAGGCGCCAAGAACAGUGCUGACCACAGAAAGCCUGACUACACAGACAAGCAGCGACUUGCCGACAUCUGCUGAGACUUCAUUAGAGACGCCAACAACAGUUGUUGAUCGGUCAAAUGGCACCGUUAGGUUAAAGCUUGAAACUGCCCGGGUGUUUGUCGAUGCCCUUCUGAAUAAAACUUCUCAAGAAUUCCGAACACUUGCUGCCGAGGUUACAAGAAAGGUCACGCCAUUGUUCCAGUUUGAACCACAAUUUAUUCGUUGUGAGGUUGUCGGGUUUGAAUCUUCUUCCUUGACUUUGGCAUUCUAUGAAAUUAGGCCAGGAAGUACCAUUUCUAUUCUCGAUGUCAUCUACAAUAAGACAGUGGACAGUCCUGUUGAGAAGAGGACGUUCGACUUGGUCCACGAUGCGGUUGCAGAAGGACAGCUUCUCAUCAGCGGGGAUGCUGUGGAUGUACUGUACAUCACCGUUGACGCAGGCACGACGUUUGUUCCCGUCGCGUUCUGUCAUAACAGCACCUGUCAGAACCACGCCACCUGCCUGCUCCUGGGGAACAGCACCACGUGUGUCUGUGAGGACGGUUUUGUGGAGAACGGCACGGUGUGUCUGCCAGCCUGCGACGAGGGCUACGUGUGCAGGGACGGGAGCGCUUGUCAGCUGUCCGGGGGACUACCAACAUGCACGUCUGUGCCAGACCCAGGACCGCGAGACCAGACCAUGUGGCUGCUGAUCGCUGUUGGGUCCGGUCUGGGCGCGCUCCUCCUGCUACUGUGCUGCGCUACCAUCGGCCGAGCCGUCUACAUCAAACGGCACCGGAAACGGAGGUGGAACAGGUACGUCGUCGAGGACGGGCGCUCUUCGCUGGGAUUUUCCUGGAGGCGAAAGAGAGCUCGACAUACCGGCGGCGCUCUUGGCGGUCCGAACCUGGAUUUGGCUUGGGACGACUUCCACUUCGGCUUCAGCCCGUCCUACCUCCCCGGUGGUAGCACCGCCUCUCCCGCCCGUUCCACCAUCCGCUAUCCCACCCGCCUCCCUCGCUUCCUACCCGACACGCCACUGUCUAGUUCCUCCUCGAGCGGGAAGUCUGGGAGUCAGUACGGAGGCGGACUGUUCACCCAGGUCCCCAGCCUUGGCUCCCGGGCCUACUGGGCUGGCGGAAACGGGAUCGAGGACCAGCCGAUUCCAACCCGACAACCAGCGUACCUGCCUGACGGAGAGCCUGACCAGGACGUCUGGGAUCGAGACUACGGUCGUCCUCGCCUGAUUGACUACAGGCCCCACAUCCCAAGGCUGCGGCCAAUCUCACAGCAAAGUCAAAGACAAGAACAGCAGCCGGGGAGCCCCUACUUCGGCUCCCGCCGCCUGGGUGGUGACGUGUACCUGCAGGGCCUGGGCAGCAGCGCCUCCUGCCGGUUCGUCCUGCCCCGGUACCUGCCUCGGUCCCCGCAGACGGUUCCUGCAGAAGACGAGACGUACCCGACGGCUGAGCGAGGGGGAGGACUCUACACGGAAACCUUCGGCCCGGAUAGAACCUUCAAAAUCAAGCGGCCUGCUAUGAGCUACGCACCGUACGGAGUCUACAGGGUCAUUCCGGAAUCCAACUUGUGAGAUUGAAGAAGUCAGCCUUCCCGUCUUCCCGCGAUUGCGUCGCCCAUUAAUUGAUCUACUGUUCUAACGUAUAAGACCUUCUUUAGACUCCAGAUCCAAUGCAAGAAGGAAAAACAAAAUGGUUAAAAAAAGCCAACAUUUCUUUUAUUCCUGAUCCAAGACGGUGCUGAAAGUGACACUAGAAUUGUAACCGAUUUACGUACCGCCCUGACAAAUACAUUCAAGGCAAGCUCGUGCAUGCAGGCGAACAUUAAUACAAAUACCGUUGUCAUUCAUAUGAAUUACUUGCUAUGGCCUAACCCAUCGGCCAUGUUUAAUGUCCUAUACUCAAUAUCCAUUUCAGCUCCUCUCGAAAAACCUUUCUUAAAGCGCUAAAAAAGUUACAAGUUUGACAACAGGACGCCGACAUUAUACAAAGCUUUAAAUUAGUUGACAUAUUUAGAAAUGUAAAUUUGUAAUGAUGUAAAAAUCUACGCAAUUGUUGCGAAAAUUUAAAGAUAGAUAAUUUCAUGCAGGGUAUGUUACAUGAUGAUUCUGUAAACUAUACUGAGAGCUUUUGUAUAAAUGGAAAUGAUACAUAAUCGAAGGGAAAAUAUACAUAAUCAAAUCUUCAGGCUAAUGUAUAUAAAACGCAUCUUACUCAAGUACAGUAAAUUACACAUAAAUAUUAAAAACAUAGCAUAGCAAAUAUUUAUCAUUGGCCAAUCAUAUUCAUCUUUGACUGUACAAAAACUGUAAGAACGUGUGUUUUUCCUUCUUACUAAUUCGGCUCCUAUUUACAACAAAUGGCGAGGGAGAUGUGAUAGGUCAUAAUGCGUGCGUUUUUUUUUUCUUCAGAAUUGCUGUAUCCGUGUGCAAAAAUCUACAGUACUAGUAUAUGUACCAUGAAGAACAUGAAACUUGGGCAUGAUUUAGGACAAGAUUCCGGAAACGUAAUUCAGGGUACGUGGGCGAAAACGCUUCAAUCGGCAAACAGGUUUAUAGACUAUAUAUCACAAAUGGUGAAUUGAAAAUUGAAAAGAAAAGAAGAGAGAAAAUGAGUGUGACAACAUUCUACAGAUUGCACCUUUAUUAACAACUGCUUUGUACAAACGUUGUAAAUCAUUUGUAGCAAUUCCGGAAUUGUCAAAUAUAUACGGAUGAGAUGAGGUCUAUGCGGAAUGAUUCAGGGUAAAAAAAAAUAUGCUGUAAAAAGUUAUAAUUCAAAUGUGUUAUCUAAUAAAAUAUCUAUUUUAUGUAAA